AUGAACAUUAGUGGAUUUGAAAUCAAUCACGGGACUGAAUUAAAAUUCUGUGGAAAUCCAUGUUGCAGUUCCAUUACCCCUCUAUGUUUUGCCGGGAUCGAUACAUUGUGUGCUCGUAAUCGUUGCAAAACUAAUUGGUAUCAUUUUUCUCUUGGAGAGCAUGUUUGCUCCAGCUGUUAUGAGUUUUUGGACACUAACACUCCAAAAUACAGAUCUCAGUCGGCGAAUUCUGUCUGGCGUCAUAGAAUGAAUUCAUGGCGUCGAGAGUGGCUGAAGAAGUCAAGCCAGUUAGGUCGUCGUCGAAUUCUGAACGCGGCUAACUUUUUGGCUGCACAAAUGUUACCCUGGUGGUUAAAAUGUAAUAAAUGUGGUCUUUGGCGCCAGCUUCCACCACAGACCACUGUAGGGUCUUCGAAAUGCAAUUACCGACCUGAUAAGUUCACGUGUGCAGAUGUAGUAAAGUUCUCAAACAACCCUUGCUCCUGGCCGGUAGACGAACGCGCUAAAAUUGUCAUCAGUAGGCCCCAUGACUUUUUAGCAAGCAUGCAAACGCAUGCUUGGUUACAAGCAUCACCUGCUCUGAAAGUUUCAUCGUCAUAUGGUGUCGACUUGGCUGGCUUGUCCCCUGAUCCACUUCCAGGUUCUACUGAUGAAGAUGAGAAAUCAGUGUCUUCUGACAGUCCUUUUAGUGUGUUUGAAGAGGAUGGGGGAUUUUCUCCGAUUGAUUUACGCGCUUGGGAAAGAUUUUCAUUCUCUGAAAUGUCACGUUUUCCUACAUUGUACUUAGCUGUACGAAAUUUAGUUCUUUGUUUAUGGUUCAUAAUCCCAAACGCCUAA